ACAUCUACCUAUUAUAGACUUAAAAAAUACGUAACUGGUUUUAACGUAUUAUCAAUGCCUCGUAUUUUGAUUUAAAGAUGACCGCAAGUUCAUUGUGUUAUUUACGCAGACUCAUACCAGUUGCUAUUAAGAUUGCCUAUUAGUCACCCGUAUCCAAAUAGUAUUAAGAGUAAUAAUAUUGAGGGAAAACUUAUAUAAUUUGAUUUGUUUGGGGUACAUAAAAAUGAUUUUAUUUCAUGUAUUGUGGGUUUCGUUGGUGAUUAGUGUUAAGUCGGCGAAAAUAUCCAAGGACGCUAUUGGUUUUCCGGAGGUCGAAGAAAAUAUUAUUUUAGUUAACAAACAGGAUCGGCGUCCUGUUUUUUUGCCGUCGACGUGUAGAGAAAACGAGUUGUAUUAUCCAGGAGAUCAGAAAGAUGAUUGGAUCUGUGACUGUCGCCCUGGUUAUCUAUUCCACCCAGAUUCAGAUGCUUGCUGGCCAUCGUUUCGACGUGGACCGUGUCAGCAAGAUGAACACUUGAUACUACUUUCCCUAACAUCUGUUAUACCAGUGUGUAAUAAAAAUCCAUGUGAAGAUGGCUCAGUUCUAUGGAAUGGGCAAUGCGAGGCUUUAGGUUCCAUGGCACCAUGUAGAAAUGUAUUUCCCCUCUCAACCCUUUGGGUGAAUGCAACCACCGUUACUAUAGAUUGUGUGCCUAUUAAUAUUGAUAACAGAUUUGUCUCAGAUAUCGGUGAUAAUUGUUUACCGGGUUGUAAAAGAAGUAUUCAGAAUAAAUGUAUGCCAUUGAUAACGUAAAUCGGUGUCAUAGUAUUUUUGUAUCUAGAAGUACAUAAUAGCAAAUACUCUAUGAAAUUAUGAUUAAAUCGAUAGUUCUGAUUUA